CACUGUGAGGUUUUAUUUUGAAAGUCCUCACAGGAAGUCAUCUCAUAUUGUUCUGGCUGAUUUGACACUGGAGGCGCAUCUUUGGCUUCAUGCAAAGAAAGCAGGAGCUGCAGGACCAUGUGGAAUAUUUUCCCACAAACAACCUGACUCUCCAGACACAAGGAUGUCCUGGCCUCUUCUUUACGCUCAGUUAGUGGGGGCAAACCGUCACUCCACCAGCCUGGGUAAAGUCUGGCUCUCCGUGCUGUUUAUUUUCCGGGUCAUGGUGUUGGUUGUUGCUGCUGAGAGCGUCUGGGGGGACGAGCAGUCUGACUUCACCUGUAAUACACUACAGCCUGGCUGUGAAAAUGUCUGCUACGAUCAGUUCUUCCCCGUCUCCCACAUCCGUCUCUGGUGCCUUCAGCUUCUCUUCGUCUCCACACCGUCGCUCCUGGUUGCAUUGUACAUAGCAUAUCGAAACCAGAGCGAUAAGAAGAAGCUGCUACAGGGUUCUGGUAGAGGUGGUCUCCUCAGCCAAAAAGGCCAGGAGGAAGAGUUGGAGACUCUGAAGAGACGGAGACUCCCAAUAGCUGGUGCCCUCUGGUGGACGUACGCCUGCAGCCUGGUGUUCAGGCUGCUGUUUGAAGGAGGCUUCAUGUAUGCCCUGUAUGUGGUAUACGAUGGUUUCCAGAUGCCACGGCUGGUGCAGUGUGACCAGUGGCCAUGUCCUAACCUGGUGGACUGUUUCAUCUCACGCCCCACCGAGAAAACAAUCUUCACUGUUUUCAUGGCCACGGCCUCUUCUAUCUGCAUGGUCCUCAACAUGGCUGAACUUGCGUAUCUUGUCGCCAAGGCUGUCACUAGGAAUCUCUGUGGACAAAAGGAGAAGAAAACGUUCAGGAAGUCCAGCAGAGAGAGGACACAGAAUAAGACAAACCAGAAGUUACUUGUCUCAAACUGACGAAGCAGCAACAAGGUGGAUGACGCAUGCAGAGGAAAUAUUUUCACAAAGACUUGAAACCCUUUAGAGCUGCAUAAUUACAAGUGAUACACAUGUGAAUGACCCAAAGCAAAAAGUGAAAAUUUUCUAUGAUACCUGAGGUUCUCAAAUGUAGCCUUCAAGAGGUAGAGAAGAUGGAAUCAGUGUGAACAACUUAAAACUGUAUUUUUAUAUUGUUUGAUAUUGUAUGUUAGU